UUUCUGAUUCACAACACCAAGCUUGCUAGUUCGCCGACAUCCUACCAUUAAUGUUACAAUUUAUACCUUUCUUUAGGUCUGAAUUCGCCGUAAUGUCGUCAGAUAGCUAGCUAAUGAACGACACUAACGGAUUCGGUGGUCGGUGUUGUGAUGUUUUGAAAGUGAACCGGAGGAGCUCUGCAGGGAUUCCAGUUGUCAGCUCUGCGAAGCAUGAAUGCCCUGACUUCGGCAGAGGCCGGAAAUGCCGCCCUGCCAAUGCAGACAACGGAUUGACCACGCAACUCCUUUUACUGUACACUGUUUUAACCGGCUUUAACACAGUUGCAGCCGACAGUAUUUUUCAGUGACGACACGUUUGGCGUCCGUCUUCCGUUUUACACACGGGUGUUCGGAGACGCAGGUGGUUAAUUGGCACAGAAGAUGGCCCCUACUAAGAUGAAACUGCGUGUCCGGCGGAAGGAGAGCGGAGGUGCAGGAGGUCAGGAACAGGAAGAGACCUCUAAGACCUCCUCUCAGUCGGUUUCGGCCGAGGCGUCUCCUGACUCUAAAUGCCCAAUCUGUCUGGACCGCUUCAACAACAUGUCUUACCUGGACAGGUGCCUCCACCGCUUCUGCUUCCGAUGCAUACAGGAGUGGAGCAACAACAAGGUGGAGUGUCCGCUGUGUAAGCAGCCGUUCUCCUCCAUCCUCCACUCUAUCAAGGCCCAGGACAACUUUAAAGAGUUUACUCUCAGACCGGCACCUGUACCUGGAGAGAACGGGACCGCAAUGAUCGCAGCUGCCGAAGCAGCCGCCGCUGCCUUGGUGACCGCCAGGGUGGGCGAUAAUCAGGGAGAACGAAGGAGGACGCGGAGAAGAGGAGGAGGAGGAGGAGGGAGAGAGAGGAGACAGUCAGGACGACUGUGGAGAGGGAGGGGACUCUCUUCUGCUCCUUCCCCUCCUCUCCCCACUCUUCAUCCCCCUCCUCUACCCCGGCCCGAUGAAGGAGGGAUGAGAGGAGAGAUGGAUGGAGAGGACCCGGGGGUGAUCUUUGAAGGGCUGACUGGUGUGGCCGCACCCCCCCCUCACGACCGAGGGGUACAGCGCCUCAUGGUGCGGCUGGCUGCUAGGCGACGGUCCCAGAGAGAGGGGCGCUCCGCAAGACUGCUCCGACCACGGGAGAUGCUCUCCUUUCGCCGGGCUCUCUACCGCAGUGGCGUACGUGUCAGGAACGGUCGCGGCAGUGGCGAGAGGCCCCGUGACAUCACGGCGGCAUUUUACCAGCGGAACCCGGCAGGUCUCCAUAGACUCCUCCCCUGGUUACAGCGGGAGCUGACGGUGCUGUACGGCGCCCACGGCUCAUUGGUCAACAUCGUCCAACGCAUCAUCACAUCGCGAAUCACACGUCACGACAUGGAGGGAGGGGGCGGGGCCAUCCAGGACGAGCUCCGUCCCUUCCUGCUGGCGAGGACUGAUCACUUCCUCCACGAGCUGAUCAGUUUUGCCCGUUCCCCUCUCAGUUUGGAAGCGUAUGACCAGCUGGCCAUCUACGACCCUCCAGCGCCGUCCUACGAGGACAGGAUGACAUCAUCUAGCGACACUGACGACUCCGUCAUCGCCAUCUCGGAUGAAGAGGAAGAGGAAGGAGGGUCGAUGGGAGGACGGGAGAGACGGCCGGUGUCGGUAGCAGGAAGUAGCGCUCUGAGCCAAUCCGCUUGGGACGAUGAAACACCAGGACCCUCCUACUCUACAGCUGAGCCGUCCCAUUCCCCCAUGCCGCUGUCGAUCAGCCCUGGGGGGCGGGACUCUGGUCCAGUGGGAGCCAAUCAGCAUCCUGCUCAGGACAUGACAGCGGCAGGAGAUGAGGAGGAGGAGGAGGGAGAACAGUGUAUGAUCGUGGGGUUUGUUAAAGCCAUGGCUGAGAGAACUCCUGAACUGGUCCAACUCUCCUCUGACCCCUCAGACGAAGAGGAGAAAGAGACUCUUCCACUUCCAGCACUACCCCCUCUCUCUCUCGCUAUCUCUCCUCUGUUUAAAAACACCAGCACAGAGAGACAGGGAGGAGUGGGGGAGAGCGGAGUGGGGGAGGGCGGAGUGGGGGAGGGCGGAGUGGGGGAAGGGACUGGGGAGAGGGGACUGGGGGAGAGCGGACUGGGGGAGAGCGGACUGGGGGAGAGCGGACUGGGGGAGAGCGGACUGGGGGAGGGAGAGGGAGAGUUCUGA